AUGACAACUCUGACUAAGAGGAAUCGGCGUUCUGACACGCCUCUGGAGAGGCGGAGUUCAAACGAAGAGGAGGGACAGAGGGGCGGGGCCACAGAUGAUGAUGUAGAUGACUCUAAAGGACUACGAUUCACUCUGAUGGAGGAGGUGCUUCUGCUCGGGCUAAAAGAUAAAGCGGGUUAUACUUCAUUCUGGAAUGACUGCAUCUCGUCUGGCCUGAGGGGGGCCAUGUUGGUGGAGCUGGCACUGAGGGGGAGAAUUCACCUCGAACCCCAGACCACUAGAAAGAGGAAACUACUGGACCGCAGGGUAUUGUUUAUAUCAGCUGCCCCAACAGGAGAUGUAUUGCUGGAUGAGGCACUGAAGCACAUCAAGAACACACAGCCUCCAGAGACCGUGACCAGCUGGAUUGAUCUACUCACAGGGGAAUCCUGGAACCCUCUGAAGAUGCACUUCCAGAUACAACAGGUGCGUGAACGUUUGGCCAAGAGCCUGGUAGAGAAGGGUGUCCUAACGACGGAGAAGCAGAACUUCGUGCUGUUUGACGUGACGACGCACCCCCUGGUGGACAGUGGGGAGAAGGAGCGUCUUCUGCAGCGCCUGCAGGCCUCACUGCUGGACCGCUGGACUAGUGACCUGCAACACGUACCCCCACGCAGCCUCGCCCUGCUGCUGCUGGCCCAAGCCUCCAACGUGCUUGACGACGCCCUCACAUCACUUCCCGAUGACAACUAUGAAACCGCCACUCAGCGAACCCAGCGCCUACUGGAUGCCAACCCUGACCUGCAGAGUGCAAAGGUCACAACCCCUGGUGAGGAGAUGAUCUGGGCAGUGAUGGCUGCCUUUAACAGACGCUGA